AGAGAGAUUCAUGUGCUCCCGCCUAGCUCCAACUGCGCUUGGCGCUCCCCCAUAUCCGAGCGAUCCAACUAGCCGCGUCCCUCUUUAUAUUCCUCUAGGCUCUAGCUAUUACCGGCCGGCUAGGACUGGUGGCACACACCACUACGGCACUACUGUCAGCUGCGCUCAUGGGGACGGCCUCGACAGGCCCGGACACCAUGGAGGCAACAAGGGCCCCCGGCCUCUCCAUCACCAUCGAGAAGAACCCACCGGAGGCGCGCUUGCUUCAGCUCGGCGUCAAGUCCUGGCCAAAGUACUCGUUCUUCUUCCACCCCCUCCUUUCCUCCUCUGGUCUCCAUGUCACCAUGUGUGACAUGUUCUUUCGUUGGGUAACUCGGAUUCUGCCUCGUUUCUUCAGAGAGAAAAAACUAUGUUUUUUUUCCUGCGCUUAUGGCAGAUGGGGCUGUCCGCCGGGGAGGUUCCCGCUCAAGUUCGACGCGGCGCUGACGUGCUACCUCGUGAAGGGCAGGGUGAGGGCCGCCGUGAAGGGCUCCCGCGAGUGCGUCGAGUUCGGCGCCGGCGACCUCGUCGUCUUCCCCAAGGGCCUCAGCUGCACCUGGGACGUCGUCGUCGCCGUCGACAAGCACUACAACUUCGACCCCUCCUGAAUUAUGAGCGCCACACGCGCAUCUUCUGGUUCUGAUUUCUCUCUUCCUUUUUUUUCUGACGCCCCAAAUCUAUCUCCUCUUGACUGCAACGACGACUACCUACCAUGAUUUAGCUAGCAAGGAUUUGUGUGUUAGCCCUAGCCACAAGUUCUCUCUCUCAGAAGCUGAGAGCCCACAGAGAAAUUUGAUGGCUUGGUCGACAGUUUGAUAACUAGCAAUACACUACGGCCAUACUAUUGCACAGAUAUACUAUAUCACAGUGACAGCAAUGCAAAGAUGAUGUUCUGUUUCUUCAAAAAAAAUAGAUGAUGUUCUGUUCUUGA